CGGUGAGCUCAGGAGACGAGAGUUUGAUUCAAAGUGUACUACUUCAUCUGAAUGAACGAUUAAAACUCAAAACACAUCUCAGUAACUACAGGUUGUUUUAGAGGGAACCGUGCCCGGAUGCAGCAAGUCAGAAAUGGCAUCACCACAAACACUUCAGCCAGUCCUGAAGAUGAAGGUCGACGAGCUCUUCCUCUUUUGGUUGAGUGAGCCAAGCACUCAGGCAAUGCUAAAAGACUACCUCACAAAGAUCAAGAACGGAGAUGAAAUAGAUCUGUGCCAGGAGGAUUUCAAGAGCAGGAACACUCUGGUGUUAACAGAAAACAACAACUACCAUGCAUCAAAGAUUAAUGUGACGGAGAGAACGUGUGCGGCCCUUGGUGCACCGUGUAGCCCCCCCUCAGCCAUGCUCCCUUCUGCAAGUGGCAGCAAUAACAGAGCAGGACUCAAUGCUCGGGCCCUACGCCGCUCUGUCAGCACUAAGAAGCAAGCGCAGGCUAAGAGAGAGGAGCCCGUUACACCAGCCUUAAGUGAAAGCAUUCCAAAGUUCUACUUUCCUCGAGGACAGCCCCCGGCCAAUAUCAACAUCGACAAUCUCAUUUCCAAGAUCGAGAAAAUAUUUUCCCAGUUCCCUGAUGAAAGAGUCACUAUUAAAGACAUGGGUCUAGUCGCCAAGGCCUGCGAGUGCCCACUCUAUUGGAAAGCCCCAUUGUUCCACGCUGCUGGAGGAGACAGGAGGGGACAUGUGUCAGUUCACAAGUUUGUGGCAAUGUGGAGAAAAGUGCUUCUGACCUGUCAUGAUGAUGCAUCCAAAUUUCUUCACCUUCUGGCCAAGCCUGGCUGCAAUUAUUUGGAACAAGAGGACUUUAUUCCAUUCCUGCAGGACGUGGUGGAUUCACACACAGGCCUGGCGUUUUUAAAGGAGGCUUCAGACUUUCAUUCUCGCUACAUUACCACAGUGGUCCAGAGGAUAUUUUAUAAUGUAAACCGCUCAUGGACAGGAAAAAUAACAUGUUCAGAACUCAGGAGAAGUAGUUUUCUUCAGAAUGUGGCAUUGCUUGAAGAAGAUGAAGAGAUUAACCAGCUGACAGAGUUCUUCUCUUACGAACAUUUCUACGUCAUCUACUGUAAAUUCUGGGAGCUGGACACAGACCACGACUUGUACAUAGACCAGAGGGACCUAGCCCGACAUAAUGACCAAGCCAUCUCCCACAGAAUGAUUGAGAGAAUAUUUUCAGGAGCUGUAACCAGGGACAGGAAGGUUCAUAAAGAGGGCAAAUUGAGCUAUGCAGACUUUGUGUGGUUCCUUAUAUCUGAGGAGGACAAAAAAACUGAGACUAGCAUAGUGUACUGGUUCCGCUGUAUGGAUCUGGAUGGGGACGGGGUGCUGUCCAUGUACGAACUGCAGUAUUUCUACCACGAACAGUGUCAGAAGCUUGAGACUAUGGGCAUCGAGCCACUUCCAUUUGAGGACUGCUUGUGCCAAAUGUUAGACCUAGUUAAGCCAGAAAUUCCAGGAAAGAUCACCCUCAGAGACUUGAAGAGAUGUAAACUUUCCCAUAUAUUCUUUGACACAUUAUUUAACAUUGAGAAAUACCUGGACCAUGAACAAAGGGAUCCCUUGAUGGCUGCAAGGGAUGCAGAGACAAUGGGACAAGAGAUUUCUGACUGGGAGAGAUAUGCUGCCGAGGAAUACGAUCACUUGGUGGCUGAAGAAACUACCAACGAGCAGUACAAUGAUGGCUAUGAAAAUCUUCUCGACCCAGUUGACCACAUUUCAUGUGCUUUUGACCUACGUAAUGAGAAGAGACCUCUGUUUGAGAUCCCCAGUCCUCACUGUAACCUGGACCUGGAUGAAUAUGAAUACGAGGACGAUUUUGAAUGACGGCCCCUGAAAACACCAUCUGGUAGGAUGUAGAACAGUAAAUGGACCGAUCCUGUUCUCACAGUUAUGCCUGGUUAGCAAACCAAUGUUUGAGAGCUUAUAGAAUGUGUCCCACCCUAUAAAUGCCAAGCCAUAAACCAGCAUUCUGGGGACUCCUGCCUGUGUUUAGCAAGAUGUUUGCUAGCAGGCAGUAUAUUUGUCAGUCUGACAUCUGUGUACAACCAGGUUUCUAGAAGAUGCACUAUAGGUUUCAAGUAACUACAUUGGACUUCAAAGUACACUUGAAAUGUUGAAUGUGCACUGUUUUUAUAUAUAGUUUUUACACUUCAGAUUGGCUAAUCAGACAUUCCAGAGAUUAACCAAAAUGAUUUCAGUCCAACAGCUUGAUUUCAUGGGUGUCUUAUUUCUCAUGGACCUCUGUCUACAUGCCUUAUUUAUUUGAGUCACGCAUAUGAAAUAAUGCAAUAAUCAGACUCUGACAUUUUACUGUCUGUGUGAGAGGUGUUUCUAAAUUAUAAUGUAUUUAUCAAUGUACAUAUUUAUGUUGUGCCUGACUCUUGUUUGUUCAGAACUUUUAGGCUCAGUCAGCUAAAUGUUUUCAACAAAUUAUGUUUGUACUAUUUCUAUAGAAGUGCUUCUUAACAGUGUACUUUUAUUGUAAAAAUGAACUGUUUUCCUUUUGUCUUAAGUUUA